GGGGCAGACGCGGCGCACAUUAACAUGCAAAAGUUUGGAAACACGGAUUCCCGGUGCUGAACAGACCCGAGAGCAACGCAGGGCGAAUCCCGAGACGGCGGUGGACACCAUGGGCCACGGAGGUCCUUCGUAACGGCUCGUUAAUCGCGUUAUUUUGAAGCUUCAAAUGUGUGAAAAGUCUCUCGGUCUCCCCUCGUCGUUACAACAAGAUGGCAGCAGCAGCAGCGGCGGCGGCGGCGUCGUUGCAGGAUUUGACUGUAGUGCGGGUCCUCGUCUCUAGCCUGUUCCUUGACGCGAUUUACGGGUCUUACUGAAGGUAUGGCCUCACAAGUCUUGGUCUACACAUCACACCUGCACUCAGCUCAAACCAGUGCCUUAGGAACCAGCAGCAGUGGUACCAGCAGAAACAAAGACUCCGCUUGCCGCGGUCGCGACACCAGCAGAGCCUUUCAGCACCGACCCGCGCCCAAGACCUACGUGAUCGGCGUCAACUACGGCAUCGCCUACCCGAACAACGUGAUCUCGUCCUCGGACCCAGGUAGUCUGCCCGGGGGACUACAGGCCGCGGGGUUUCAGAGUGAGGAGAGCCGGGAGAUCCAAGGAGACGGCCCCGCUGGGAUCCGGCGCGGAGGCCCACAGGAAGCGAGGCUUCGAAGAGACGGCAGCGGAACUCCGCCGGGAGGCUUGGACUGCGGCCUGCUGAGGAGGGCCUGCAUUAGAGCAGAGGAGGAGGGCGGCGACAGAGGGACGCAAGGGACAAGGGGAUACGUCGGUCUUCUCGACACGGGUGCCCCCCAGAGAUGUGAGCAGAAGGCGGGCGAAGGUGGAGCGCAUCUGCGGGACAUCAGCUACGCAGGAGCCAUGCAGAUAGUGGAGGAGGCGUCUGCUCUGCCGUCACUUCCUGCCCCUGUGGCCAUGUUGCGAACGAGCACCGGGAACAAUGCAGGGGGUGUCGACCAGACCAGGCCCAACGGCAGCACCGAGCCUGUGGCGGGCGCCACGAUAACCAGAAGCGGCUCGGGAGACGGGGACUACCAGUUGGUUCAGCACGAGGUCCUGUGCUCCCUGAAGAACAGCUACGAGGUCUUGGAGUUCCUGGGCAGAGGCACCUUCGGUCAGGUGGUGAAGUGCUGGAAGAGGGAAACGGGUGAGGUGGUGGCCGUCAAGAUACUGAAGAACCACCCAUCCUAUGCACGUCAGGGACAGAUUGAGGUGGAGAUCUUGGCCCGAUUGAGCAGCGAAAAUGCCGACGAGCACAACGUGGUGCGCGCCCUGGAGUGCUUCCAGCACCGCAGCCACACCUGCCUGGUGUUUGAGAUGCUGGAGCAGAACCUCUACGACUUCCUGAAGCAGAACAAGUUCAGUCCGCUGCCGCUCAAAAUCAUCAGGCCCGUCCUGCAGCAGGUGGCGACGGCCUUAACGAAGCUCAAGUGUCUGGGUUUGAUCCACGCCGACCUGAAGCCAGAGAACAUCAUGCUGGUGGACCCGUCCAGGCAGCCGUACAGAGUCAAGGUCAUAGACUUUGGCUCGGCCAGCCACGUCUCCAAGGCCGUGUGCUCCACCUACCUGCAGUCCCGAUACUACAGGGCUCCGGAGAUUAUUUUGGGCCUGCCAUUUAGCGAGGCCAUCGACAUGUGGUCACUGGGCUGUGUGAUAGCCGAGCUCUUCUUGGGCUGGCCCCUCUACCCCGGAGCGCUGGAGUACGACCAGAUCCGGUACAUCUCCCAGACUCAGGGCGUGCCGGCCGAGCAGCUGCUCAGCAAGGGGACCAAGACCUCUCGCUUCUUCUCCAAAGAGUCCAACUCUCCCUACGCCUGCUGGAGACUAAAAACAACGGAGGAGCACGAGAAAGAGACGGGACUGAAAUCCAAAGAGGCCAGGAAGUACAUCUUCACCUGUCUGGAUGACAUCGCUCACGUGAACGUGGUGCUGAGCCCCGACGGCGGCGACAUGCAGGCGGAGAAGGCCGACCGCAGGGAGUUUGUGUCCCUGCUGAAGAGCAUGCUGCUCAUCGACGCCGAGCACCGGACCGUCCCCGCCAGCGUCCUCAGCCACCCGUUCCUCGCCAUGACCCACCUGCUGGACUACCCGCACAGUAACCACGUGCAGUCGGCGUUCCGCAUCAUGGACAUGUGCCACAUUCGUCCCGCCAACGCAGUUUUUGACGCCCUGAACGAGAACACGGUUCACUUCUCGAGGCCCCUCGGCGCCCCCUCCGGUCUCCCUCUGGGCUACGGCAACAUGCCGGUUCACACGCAGGCUAUCAACCAGUCGGUGUUGCAUCCUGGUAUAACUCUGACCACCGGGAAUGGUCAGUUCGGGUGCACUGACUCCUUCCCACCUGCCCUUCUUCUCUGUCCUCCUCCCAUGCAAGGCAACCUUAACCAACAAGCAGGGUAUUCUGUUCCCAUGGUAACUCAGGCUCCCAUACAACCCUUACCAGUGAGACCUGGUGUCAUUGCUCAGCAGGCCUGGUCCAGCCAAGGGCAGCAGCUCCUCGUCCCGGCAGCCUGGCAACAGAUGACUCCGGUGGGUCCUCCUCCCUCUCACCCACCUCCACCACCCCCGUCCUCCCUUAACAACGACGCCGCCGCGGGCCCACAGAGAAUCAGCGACUGGGGCCACUACACCUCAGUCAUGCAGCAGCCUCUCCUGACCAAUCAAAUGCAGACCCUCUCUGCCCAUCAGCCAAUCAACAUCGGCAUAGCUCAUGUCGUGUGGCCCCAGCCGGCCAACAAAAGGAACAGACACGCUCACAACAGGAACCUGUCCCACCCCAGUAACGUCCACAUGCCGGCCAAGAUAGCCAACGUUGUUGGGCAGGCGGCGGAUCGCCGACAGCAGCCUCAGAGGGCGGUGCAGCCAGUGGGCACCCGGCAACCGGCGGUUCAAAACCCCGACGAGGAGGGAAACGACGCAGAGGAGGAAGUGAGCUGCUCGAAAGAGGCGGGGCCAAACGCCAACAGCCAGCUGGACCUGUCCAGUCGGCAACAGCGAGAGGUGGCGGUCCUGAUGGGGGACACGCCGAGCCCCGCUGCCAGUGUCAUCAGCAUCCGCAGCGAACUGACCGACGAAGAGGACGAAGACCCUCACAGGUGCCAUGUGAGCGGGUGUAAAGCGGAGUGUGGGUGCGAGGCGUGCAGAAACACCAGCGUGUCCAUGGAGCGCGUGUGUUCCCUCAGCAGCCCCGACAGCAGCAUCAGCACCAGCUCCUUCGCCUCCAACUCGCUCCAGUCCAGCCCCUCCCUCUCGCCGUGCAAGAGGCCCAACAGCAUGUCGGAGGACGACGGGCACGUGAGCGGCCGCGACACAGUGGAAGGCUCCCCGGCGUCCGACGCGUCGACCUCCCCGCCCACCAACGGCCCCUACCGUUACCUCAACCGCAACAACCGCCCGGCCCUGGCCGCCGUGGUGGCGCCGCUACUGCCGUCCCCCGCGGCGCCGGACCGGAGCCCCCGCGGCGUCAGGACGAUGGUGGUUCCGCCGAUGAGAGCGCAGAACAACAACGGCCACGACGAGCGGCUUCAGAGGGCAGUCUCAGAGUCCUGGUCCCGGUCCAAAGGGCGCUGCAGCCUCAUCGGACAACAGAGCGCCGCCUCCUCCUUCCCCCUCCUUCCUGCUGCCCCGCUCCUCGCCCAGCAGCAAGUUCCAGGGCAGCAGCAGCAGCAUCCUCUGGGCUUUGGACAGGUGCAGAUGUACGGUUCGACCCACAGUGGCAAAGAGUGGAACGGCAACUAUGGGCCUCUGCGGCCGCACGCCUACAUCCCCCCCACGGUCCACACCUUCACCCACCUGCCGCACAGCAGCCCCACGCACACCUCGGCCGUGCCGCACGCCCUGCCCCCGCACGGCCUGCUCCAGUACCCCCCCGGGGGGCCGCUCGGCGCUCACCACCCGCACCCCAUCCUCCCCUCCCACCCGCCUCUCCCAAAUCUCCUGCAGCACAGCUACGGCCUCUCCCAUCCCCAGGGAGGCGCCAUCGUGCACCAGGUGACCGUGGGCAUCAGUGCCCACCACCACCACCUGGGCCACCAGGCUCCGCUCCCACACAGGCUCCUCCCCUCCACAACCGUCCACCCGCACCACCAGCCCGGCUACGGCCACCCCCACCAGUUCAAGCCGCCCUUCCCGCCCCCUCACCCUUACAUGGCCUCCCCGGCCGCCUACACCGGCUUCCCCCUGAGCCCCACCAAGCUCAGCCACCACCCGCAGUUCUCCUACAUCUGAGGAGCCGGGCGGGGCCGCAGCGGUACCUUCCGGUGAGGAGGGGCAGCGGGAAAUGGACCGGGGGCGCUGCGGCCUGGGCAGGCGGAGCCGGCGGCAGGGUGCAAAACGGACACUUUUGAGGAUGAUGACGGAGGUGGAGGAAGAGGAGGGUAAACGCGGUUGCGACGAGAGAGAGAUGUAUCGAAGGGGAUUGAAAAAGAAGAAGAAAUGUGAGUUAAUGUUUUAUGGCGUUGUCGAGGACAAAUGAAUUCAGAUUGCCGGAGCAACUGAGAGACUUCCUGCAAAAAUAUCAUGCGCGGAGAAAACGGCGAUUGAUUCAAGACGACGGAACUAUAUAUUUCUUUGGAGAGGGCGCCGCGAGAGCGGAUGACUUUGCAAAGUGAAGCCGAAGAAGACAUGUUUGGUCCAGCGCGUGCUCGACGGGUCGCGCUCGGAGAUUCUAACCUAAUCAGAGGGCGGGGAAAUCGUUGGUUGUUGCUGUUGGGGGAGGGGGGGGCGGCGCUCAAGCCCCCGGCCCCUCCCCCCUAUAUCUUUGUUGCCUUGUAGCAUGCGCUCGCCGGUCUGAUCUGUGUGUGUCGAAGCCAUCGUAGUGCGUAGUAACCAGGAUGCAACGCCGCCGCCGCCCUCGUGCCUUAAGAACACGAGUCUCUGACGCUACUUCAGGAGCUGAUUAUAGAUUGUACAUACAAAAAAUAAUUUAAUUAAAAUGAGCUUGCAGCACUUAACUCUGGACGCUCAUUGGACGACUAACGCUUGCGGUCAUGUAUUAUUAAUAUUGGCAAAUGUUGGAUGUCGGUUUGCUCCCGAAACUCAGAGGACGGAUCUACGUUAGCUAGCGGUGGCACAUUUAGGGCUUUGACUGAAAUGAGCUUUUUAUGUACAUAAAGAGUGAUUUGAUAUUUUGAUAAUAGAUUUCUAUUCACUAUAGUACUUAAUUCACAACAGUAUUGUCACUGUUUACUGUAACUGCAAUACAAUCUAGAUUGGCCUCUGGGUUGCCGUGUAUUUUAACAUAUCUUUUUGGCAUUUUGACAUUUAGACUUAGGCGUCGAUGCAUUUUUAGUUUUUCGUUGAAGUAAACGCAGACGUUUUAUUGUGUGUGUGUGUUUUCAGUUUUAAAUGCUUCUCAGUGUUUGAGAUAACCCAUCAACUUACAGUAUCAUCGCCGGGCUUUUGAGUGUUUUUCCGAGGUGUUACGGUGUAAUAGUUUUAAAUAUCCGUGGAAACGAACCUUUCUGUCCAUGUAUUGAAGUCCGUUUUGAUACAUUCCUUCAGGGUGGAUGCAUAGCCUCGUUGUUGUUUUUUCAUGUGUGUGCGAGUGUGUGCGUUUUAUGAUUUCCAGUGUGUCGUAGAGCUGCGUCUUUACCCGUCGCAUCUGCUGGUUUAAAAAAAAACAAAACAUUAGCAUUUCUUUUUCCUCAAAUCGGCACCAAAGACAGUUCGUUAAUCAUUUCCGAGGCUCGCGGAGCUGCCGCCUGCAGCCUCGACUGUUGCAGUUAUCGACUUUUGAAUAUAUGUAUUGUGAGAUCUCUAUUUAACAAGGAAAAAGAAGACAGAAAAAAAAGAGUGAGAGGUUGAGGUUUUUGUCAUUUCUUUUUGGCAAAUUGUAUUUGGAAUGUAUAGAUAAUAAUAAGCUGCUAUGUACUGAUUAUCUGCCACUUCGUAGCUGUGAACUUAGAGGCGCAAUCUCAUUCUAGCCUGCGUCUGCUCUCUAUUGUAGCUCCAGAUACAAUAGAAGUGUGUGUGUGUAUUUUUGUUGUUUUUUCUUACAUAGUAUAUAUUGAAUGCUAUGCCUAUAUGCGAGUGCCUCUGUAUAUCGGCUGUGUUUUUGAAGUGUAAACUGCUGUACUCUGGAAGUUUUUCCUCUUUAUUAUUUUUUAAUUCCGUUGCCUUUUUAGUUGUGUGUGUGUGUGUUCCCGUGCAUUUAGUGUCAGUAUUUCAAGCGUAUGCCGUGAGAUCCUGUGUUACCGCUGUUCUCCCGACUGCAUUGCAGCUCUCCGUACUGUACGACUCGUGCCUUUCCGGGUGGUCUCGGUCCUCCGGAGGGGGAUCAGCUCCUAUUUUUCACAUCACGAAAAAGAAAAAACCCAAAGUUGUUUGUUUGUUACACUUUAAGAAUGGGUCUGGAAACAAGGUAUUUUAUUUCAUUUCUAAUUUUUUUUUUUACAGAAUCCUAAGAAAGCACAAGUCAGGGAAUGUUCUCUUGCGCUCACUGAGAGCUCGGUGCAGUUCUGACACACACACACCGGGUCGGGCCUGAAGACUCACACAUGCAAAAGCUUUAUCCUCAUGAAUGUUCUGGUGGAACUCGACACGUUUUUUGUUUGCAAACGAGUUACUUUGUUUUUGUGACGGCUGCACCGCUGUUUGUCUCAUCGUCAUCAUCGUCAUGUUGGGAUUAGGACGUUGACGGUCUCCUGUAUGCAGCUAUGACCACGAGUCAAUGUCAUUGUGUGUCCCUUCAAAAGGCUUUAUCCGUCAAUCACACUCAAAGUUUAGGUCUAAAGUUUCCCUCUACGGCCGCCACCGAAACAAACAAACAAACAACACAACAACACAACAACGUUUGCUCAGAUGUCUGACAAACUGCUGUUGUGCUACAAAACCAGUGCUCCAGUGUAGAUGAAUUAUUGGUUAAGUAAUAACAAGAGAAUGUCAGUCAAAAACCAUGCGCAAAGAUGGCGUUGUAAAAUAACUAAACUAGAGAAGCUUCUGGAGAAAUGCUAGUGUGUGUGUGUAUGUGUGUGUGUGUCAUGGCGCUACUUGAUGUUAUUAUUAAUUAUAAUGGUUUAGCUGUAUCGCUAAAGCAACGGAGGACGAGUGUUGUGUGCCCGUCUGAAUAUGCUACUGUUUUGACGAGACGGCGCAGAACCGCCUAGAAUUAUUACUGAUGGUGUUUGUGUGUGUGUGUGUGUGUGUUUGUGUGUGUGUGUCACGGCACAGUAAUAUAUGUAUCUUCAAGGAAAAUGUUUUCAUUUUUGUUGGUGUUUUGUUUUUCCUCUAAAUGUUAUUUUAACCAUGUGGUGUGCGGCCUCUCGUUGAUUCCCCGAGAUGGCUCUAGUCUGUCGGCUCAGUACCUGUGAUGAUGAGACCCCCCCCCUCCCCCCUCUUGCAUUAUGACAGAUUAAUCCCCCCCCCCCCCCUCCCAGGGAUCUGGAAUCUUAACCAGCACAUGGAGCCAAGCAGCCCUAAAUAACAACUCAGGCCGUAGGACUCGUUAAAAAGUUACUUCUAAAACAUGUUUUUGGAGGAGGGGAUGAACAAGGAAAUAUUUCAGAUUUUUUUUUUUAAACAAACGAGGAGGACACAAGUACCCGUUGAGCAGGCGGUGGGUCUGAGCCGAUCUGGGUGCUGGGUUGAAUGACUUGUGCAGCAUGUCGACUCCUAAGACACGUUUUUAGGAUUUUGUACUGCACCGAUCUAAUCAUCUGGUUGACGGUUAUUGUAUUCAGAACAGAAAUAUGUAGACACGAUUCAUAAAUUGAAAACUGUUACUGUUCUUAGUAUGUGUAGAUCUGUGGCUUUUAUGAUAUUUUUUUUAAUUUACAUUUUUUGUGUUGGUAUUCUUAAUGCUACACUAGUUUGACAUGUAGCAAACUGCACUGUGCAAUAUACAACAAUAUGAGGACUGGGGAAAUGAUUAUUGUUUUGGAUGUGAUAAUGUGUGUGUCUUACCAGAUUGCGGUAGUCCCCCCCCCCCCCCCCCCUUUCUAGUUCUCAGUGAGUUUCAAUGUGACCAAGCCUUAUGUACCUUGUCACAAAAAGCGGGUUCCUUCUUGGUGACUCUUUUUGGUGAGUGUCAAAUUAUGAAUUGAUGGUGUACUAUGUCAAGAUUCACUUUGAAAAAUAAAAAAAAAGAUCUUUUGCUUCA